AUGCCUCGGUCUUUCUUGGUCAAGAAAGUCAAGUUGGACGAUUUCUCGGCGGCGGAACUCGAGAGCUCGUAUGGACACAGUCGGAGAGAGGAGCUAAGCCUGCGCUUCCACCACCACGAUAAAGGCUAUGGCUACCUCAGUCCAUCCCACUACGACGAUGUGGUGGUCAACGACGCCUCGGUCAUCACCAAAGUCCCGUCUCCCGAACACCCAUCCACGCUCAUCUACGGCCGCAUCGACGACUCUUACACAGCGGACAUCCACGGGGACUCGGACCAACCGGACAGCCCCAGAUCGGAAGCGUCCUCGUCUGCCGGUGGCUACAUCAACGGAGACGCGGCGGUCAGCGAAGGUUACUCCGUCGACGCCUUUUUCAUCAUGGACGGCCGGUCGAGACGGAAAUCGGAAGGCGGGAGAGGCGCGGCGCAACGGCACUCGUGUAGCGAAUGCGGCAAGACGUACGCCACCUCGUCCAAUCUCAGCCGGCACAAGCAGACGCACAGAAGCAUUGACAGCAAAAUGGCCAAGAAGUGCCCGACCUGCGGCAAAGUCUACGUGUCCAUGCCGGCGAUGGCCAUGCAUCUACUCACGCACGACUUGAAGCACAAAUGCGACAUCUGCGGGAAGGCGUUCAGUCGGCCGUGGUUGCUCCAGGGUCACAUGAGGUCCCACACGGGGGAGAAGCCGUUCGGUUGCGCCCACUGCGGGAAAGCGUUCGCCGACAGAUCGAACCUACGCGCGCACAUGCAAACUCACUCGGCCUUCAAGCAUUACAAGUGCAAAAGAUGCGACAAGACGUUUGCGCUAAAAAGCUACCUGAACAAGCAUUACGAAUCAGCGUGUUUUAAAGGCGCCUUCUCUCCUGUUAGCACACUCAGUGAAUGA